AUGGCCACGUCAGCGCCAUCGAUUCCAGACAUUGGCCAGGCAGUGGAGGAUCUUUCCGCGCGAGUCGCCACGGAGAUUAACGGCCUCACAGGUACCGCCGAUUCCGCCUCUGCGGACGCCGCCGUCGCCGCAUCCGCUGCGGCGGGGCCUCCCGCAGUGGAUGAGAUCGAGAGCCUGUGCAUGCGGUGCCACGAGCAGGGCACGACGCGGCUCCUGCUGACACGUGUCCCGCAUUUUCGGGAGCUCGUCAUCAUGGCGUUCGAGUGCCCGCAUUGUAACGAGUCCAACAACGAGGUACAAUUCGCCGGGUCGUUACAACCCACCGGCGUACGGUUCUCCCUUUCCGUACCGGUCGCGGCGGAAGGAGCAUCAGCCGAGGGAACGACGGAGUCGUCCGACGCGGAUCGUGACGUGGACUCCCACGUGGCGCUGAUGAACCGUCAAGUGGUGAAAUCUGAUUCGGCGACAAUCCGCAUUCCGGAGAUCGACUUCGAGAUCCCGCCCGAGUCGCAACGCGGCACGCUCACCACCGUGGAGGGCGUCUUGACCCGCGCGCACGACGGGCUCGACGCGCUUCAGGCGGAGCGGCGCGCGGUGGACGCCGCCGUCGCCGCCGCAAUCGACGAAUUCCUCGCGAAGUUGAAAUCCUGCAUCGACGGCUCGCGCGCGUUCACGCUCGUGCUGGACGAUCCGUCGGGUAACAGUUACGUCGAGAACCCGCGCGCUCCGGAACCCGAUCCGAUUCUGAAGGUCGAGCAUUACGAGCGAACGGCGGAGCAGAACGAGAAGCUAGGGUUCCUCGCGGCUCCUGCGGGCGCGGGGGAAGGCGGGGAAGCGGAGGAAGGCGCGGGGGGAGGCGCAGCGGGGGAUCCGACGAAGCUUCCGCACGGGUCAGUGGGCGCUGAGCUGGCGUAUCGCGCGAUUGCCGGCGGGAAUAACGCGGACCUGGCGAGUAACGCGCUGCUGUGCGGGUACUCCGCGCCCGAGGAGGUGAUGGUGUUCCCCGCCACCUGCAGCGCGUGCGGCGCUAGCGGCGCCGCGAGCGGCGGGGCGAGUGGCGCGACUGGGGACGCGGGGAAGGAGGAUGGGGAAAAGGUGGACACGGAGGGAAAAGUGGAGGGGGGAGCGGAAGGAGGAGCGGAGGGGGGAGCUGCGCACGUGGACGAGGUCUGCGUGACGCGCAUGUUCGCGACGCGGAUUCCGUAUUUCAAGGACGUAAUCCUGAUGGCCACGUCAUGCGACGCGUGCGGGUAUAAGAACUCCGAGCUUAAAGCGGCCGGCGGCGUCGCGCCUAAGGGACGCAAAAUCACCCUAACGGUUCGCAACCAGAAGGACCUAUCCCGCGAUAUAAUUAAAGCGGAAUCCGCCGCGGUGUACAUUCCCGAGAUUGAAUUAGAACUAGGCGCUGGGACUCUAGGCGGGCGGGUGACUACAGUGGAGGGGCUUGUAACGGAAAUCGCGGACAGCUUGAAACGGAUACGGCCGUUUGAGAUUGGGGACAGCGCUCCUGAUUGGCAGAGGAGCAAGUGGCAGGAGUUGGACAAUCAGCUGCGCGCACUGGCUGCUGGUGAACCCGUGCGGGCGAAACGAAACAGGGCUACAGUUGCUGCUGCUGGUGCUGCUGGUGUCGCUGCUGCUGCUGGUGCUGGAGUCCAAAAUGGGUCUGGAGCAGAAGGGGGGUUGGAGAAAGAGAAGGGAGAACCUGGGGAGGAAGGGAGGGCGGAGGAGGAGAAGGGGGAGGGGGAGGGGGAUGGGGAGGAGGAGUUGACGGAAUGGCAUUUGGUUUUGGACGACGCGUUGGCGAACUCGUUUGUGUCGUUUGUGGGCGAGCGACUGGAGGACGAUGGGCAGUUACAUGUAGAGGAGUAUGUGCGAUCAUGGGAGCAGGAUGAGGAGCUGGGGCUGCAUGACAUGCGCACAGGGGAGGAGCAUUCGCAGGGGAAAGAGAAGGGUGAGCUGGAGGCAAUUCAAGAGUAA